AUGUCAGUCAAUCAAAAUACGCCGAACAACAAGCUGGGCAAGAGCAAACGAGCCCAAAUGACUCGGCCUUCUAGCGGUUUAAUCGACUCGGAAUUCAUUGGUUUACGAUCCGACUUGGAAAAUGACUCGUACAAAAUACGCUUGUACAAUUUAUUUAGGCAAAUAGAGAAGGAAUUCGAUUUGCUCUAUCAGGAGAAUCAGAACCUACACGAAAAAAUCGAGUUGCUCAACGAGAAACUAGAAAGAGAUGUCUACGAUAAACCCGAUUGCGUCGAUUUCGAUACCAAUUUCUCCAAGGUUUUGGGAAAGAAACUCAGCACUUCCGGUCACAAAAACAAGACGGCCCACAAACUGAAAGCCCAAACCAGCAAAAUAGUGUCGAGUUUCAAAGCACCCCAAUUUACCUUCGGCCUUCUGAGAGAAUUCCUGGGCCACAAAGACGGCAUUUGGGAAGUCUCAGUAGCACGACCCGGAAUACCAGUCAUCGGAACAGCAUCAGCCGACCACACCGCUUGCUUGUGGAGCAUAGAAACCUCCAAAUGUCUGCUACAGUACCAAGGCCACGCUGGUUCCGUCAACUCGAUCAGGUUCCAUCCGGCCAAAGAUCUGGUCUUAACAGGCAGCGGGGAUUCCUCGGCCCACAUUUGGCAGGCGGCCCUCAACUGGGAUCUACCGUCUUUUCAGAAGGGCCAAUCGUCGGAGGAGGAGCUCGAAAGCGACGAAUUGGACGAUCGGAUCGAAUCGAACAAGGCGUCGACGUUGCGAACGCCCUACCAGGAGUUGUCGGGUCAUUCGGGCGCCGUUUCGGCCGCCGAAUGGUUGUCGGGCGCCGAUCAGAUCAUCACCGCCUCCUGGGAUCGAUUGGCCAUAUUGCACGACGUCGAGACGGCUCAGAUCGUUACUACGCUAACAGGACACGAUCAGGAAUUGAACCACGCCAGUACGCACCCAGCGCAAAAGUUGGCUGUGACUUCUUCGAGGGAUACCACGUUUAGGUUGUGGGAUUUUAGGGAAAACGUUCAUUCGGUGUCGGUUUUUCAAGGACACGCCGAGAGCGUCACAUCGGCGGUGUUCGCCCGCGAAGACAAAGUGGUAUCCAGCUCGGACGAUCGCACAGUAAAAGUGUGGGAUCUGCGCAACAUGCGCUCGCCCGUCGCGACGAUUCGCGUCGAUUCGCCGGUCAAUCGGCUGAGCGUGUCGUCGGCGGGGCUGAUCGCGAUACCGCACGACAACCGGCACGUGCGCCUGUUCGAUUUGUCGGGCCAGCGAUUGGCCAGAUUGCCGCGCAGCAGCAGACAGGGCCACAACAGGAUGGUGGCGGGGGCGGCGUGGGCGGAGGACGGCGUGGCCGGCGUGAAUUUGUUCACGGCCGGUUUCGAUAGGAAGGUGUUGGGAUGGUCGGUGCAGUCGAUGAAGGAUUGA